CUCUCUUUCAGUCUUUUAUAAGAAGUAAACUAGAGCAAUAGAAAAUGAGAAACAGCUAAAAGCAAGAAAAUUGGGAUAUUCAUUAUUAGGUUUCGAAAAAUUUGAAUGAUAAGGGGAAAUUUGUGUUUUAAUCAACUUGAAAUAAAAACAACAGAAAUAACAGCGAAGUAUAAACGAACGAAUAUAUUGCGGGUGAAUUAAAAACGUACAAUACCGAGUAAAAACCUGGAUUUAAAAAAAUAAAAAGGAAGUUAUAAAUAAAAAAAGCUAACAUUUUUGUUGCUGUGUCCUGUCUAUUAAAGCAAUUAUUUCAUAAAAUAGAUUCAGUUUUCAUCCAAUAAAUAUGACUGAAGUUGAACAACCACCGCAGAAUGGCAUUGAUUUGUCAGCGGCCGAAGAUGAAGAAAGUAGCAAAGCCCGACCUGCCGAUAUAGAACAGGAUAUGCGUGAAAUGGAACGUCGUAAGCGCGUUGAAGCUAUAAUGGGUUCAAAACUCUUCCGUGAAGAAUUAGAACGUAUUGUUGACUGUGCUCGUGAUAGCGGAAAUGCAGCUGGAAUACUACAACAACUGUCUGAUAUAGUUGGUGUGCCAUCGUCGCGUGUUGGUAGCGUUUUUAAGACUUCUACCUGUAUGUUGCCCAUUAAUGACAUACGUGGUGUAGAGUCAAUGGGCUAUGCAAAAGGUGAAAAAAUUCUCCGUUGCAAAUUGGCUGCAACUUUUCGCUUGUUAGAUUUAUAUGGAUGGACCCAAGGUUUAGGUGCUCAGAUUACUGCACGCCUUAAAGUUGAUCAGGAAUAUUUCUUGGUCAAUCCUUUUGGCUUGUUGUACCACGAGAUAACUGCUUCAUCGCUCAACAAAGUUGAUAUGCAAGGGAAUAUUGUUGAACAAGGCACUACAAAUUUUGGUGUCAAUAAAAGUCAUUUUGUUCUUCAUUCUGUGGUACACGCUGCACGACCAGAUAUUCGUUGCGCUAUCUAUAUUGGCUGCAGCCCAGUGGUAGCUAUAUCGUCUUUAAAAACCGGUUUACUGCCUUUGACUAAGGAUGCAUGUGUUUUGGGCGAAUUAACAACUUAUUCAUACACUGGUUAUCUUCAUGACGAAGAAGAGCGAAAUAAAUUGGUUAGGAAUUUGGGUCCCAACUCAAAGGUUAUGCUCUUGACUAAUCACGGUGCCUUGUGCUGUGGAGAAACAAUUGAAGAAGCAUUUUUUGCUGCCUGUCACAUUGUUCAGGCUUGUGAAACUCAACUUAAAUUACUGCCAGUUGGUUUGGAUAAUCUGGUUUUGAUUCCUGAAGAAUCACGUAAAAUAAUUUACGAUCAAUCAAGACGUCCUCCAGAGGACUUGGAAAAGAAAUUUGCUGCUGCCACAAUAACUGAUUCAAACAAGUCAGAAGAAGAGAAAAAGGAAGUUGUCGAAACUACAACAAAAGUAAUAGGUCAAGCACCUAAAUGGCGUGUGGGCGGUGCUGAAUUCGAGGCUUUAAUGCGUAUGCUUGAUAAUGCAGGCUAUCGCACUGGCUAUAUUUAUCGCCAUCCAUUGAUAAAAUCCGAUCCACCUAAACCUAAAAAUGACGUUGAGUUGCCACCUGCAGUAUCAUCUUUGGGUUAUUUAUUAGAAGAGGAAGAACUUUUCCGUCAAGGUAUCUGGAAAAAGGGCGACUUGCGCAAAGGUGGAGAUCGUAGCCGUUGGCUCAAUUCACCAAAUGUAUAUCAAAAAGUCGAAGUUUUAGAAACUGGCACUCCAGACCCCAAAAAGAUAACCAAGUGGGUUGCUGAAGGUUCGCCGACUCAUUCAACACCUGUGCGCAUUGACGAUCCAUUACAAUUUGUGCCAGUCAAUACGAAUCCUAAGGAAUUUAAAAGAGUUCAACAACAGAUUAAGGACAAUCGCCGUGCGGAUAAAAUAUCAGCAGGUCCUCAGUCACAUAUUCUAGAAGGUGUUACAUGGGAUGAGGCAAAUCGUAUUAAAGAUGCUACUGUUAGUUCAGCCGGUGAUCAUGUUGUUUUAAUGGGCGCUGCAUCAAAGGGCAUUAUACAACGUGGCUUUCAGCAUAAUGCAACAGUAUAUAAAGCUCCGUAUGCUAAAAAUCCAUUUGAUAAUGUAACUGAUGACGAAUUAAAUGAAUACAAGCGUACAGUGGAACGCAAGAAGAAAAGUAUUCAUGGUGAAUACACUGAUACCGAUUUCUCUGAAUCCGAAGCAUUAAGUUCAUUACAAACAUCAGGCGCACAGCAACAAACUAAACAAACUACAACUACCACAACAACUACAACUGCCGCCGUUAGUCAAUCAGAACCAGAAGAUAUUUCAGAACACCAAGUUAUGAGAAUACAAACCGAACAGGCUCCAGUUCCCAGUCAACCAGAAGUAGUUUUGAGCGAUGAACCAAUUUGUUGUACAGCGUGUAUUAAAAGAUAAUUGUUAAAAGAUAGUCUACACUACUACUAGUCAUCAGUUAAUUCUACUCUUCAGUCUUCAAAAACUUUAAUAUUUAUGUUCCAACUCUUUGUAUAUCAAUAUUGUAGUCAAACGCACUUAAUAGUUUCAUAAAUUUCGAAAAUAGCUGCAGUUUUUAUUUACUUUUGAUCUGGUUUUUUCCACUGAGCGUACCAAAGAAAUAAUUUUAAUUUGUUAAUUCAAUGAAUUUAAUUAAAAAAAAAACGAAAAGCAUUUACAGUUAUAUUCAUAACGAAAAACAUGUUUAUUCUGAAACAUUAAAUUUCCAUUGACGAAUGUUUGUCAUUAAGAUACAAAAAUGGUUAAUUUUUAGGCGAAACAGGAUUGUUUGAAACAUUUGUGUGUCCCUUAAAACCCAUGAUAAUUCGAUAAUUAGACUGAGUUCUUCACUUAUGUACAAUAUUAAUUUAAAUGACAGAAUUUAACCAUGACCAUGACGAAUUUAGUACGUCCCAGCAAAAAAAGAUGUACAAAAAAGUAGUAAAUGCAUGGGUUCCACUGAUUAUACUGUACGUAAAAUUUCAACUUUCAAAAAGACGCAGAAAUACGACACACACGUGAAAUUAAUUUUCGGUCGUAGAAUCUAGUAGCCUAUUCCGUUUUGAAAAGUUGGGCCAAAAUCGGGACAUAUUCCUAGUCGAAAGUAAAUCGAUUUUAAUUUUAUUUAAAUAAAUUAAAUAAUUAUUUUUUGCGUUUUUAAUGUAAUUGUAACUUGGUUUUAAAAGCUUCUCGGUUUUGAAACCGAAUCGAUUUACAGAACAGACAUUGACCCAACUUAACAAAACGGAGUAUGUCACGAUAUUCUACGACCCAAAUUAAGUUUAGGUGUCACGGCGUUUUUCUGUGUCUUUUUGACAUACUUACAGUGUAAUGAACUGGUUAUUUUUUAAGUGAAACAUGCAUGAUUUUUACAUUAGCUUGAUAUUGGCGAGCAUGGGUUCGUAUUUGGAAAAAUAGUGCUUAAAACCAAUGAACAUUAUGAUUCUCAUGCAUUAUUGAAGGUAUUAUGAAUUAAUUAUUAAUAUUUAAAUUAUUUUUUGCCUUAUAUUGAUAAAAAUAAUAUAUAUUAACAAAAUAAAACAUUAAUGACUGAUUUUGAAUUCCAUUCAAAUUCAUUCAGGGUAAAAAUAUAAUGGGCAUUUUUAAAAACCCGUUAAGCAGUCAGUCAACUUGGUUUUUUCCUUCUCUUAUUAAAUAAGAUAUUAAAAUUGACUUAAUAUUACUAAUUUUAUAUUAAAUACAAAAAAUUAAUAAAAUUUGUGUUGCACGUUUCCUUUCAAUCCUAAGAGAAUACAAAAUUAUAGUGAAAUAUUAUAAUUCCUAUAGUAGAGUUACAUGAAUGAAUUUUACGCAAUUUUUCAUGCCUUUACUUAUGACAAAUUUAUUAGCAUUCAGGCAUGUAUUUAAAACACUUUAAAUUGAAUAAGUACUAAAGAAAUCAGGAAAAUAUACUUUCUUCUUGAACAACUUAAAAUUUUUUUGCUGGGGUAUUAAAUUUAAUAUCUACUACAGAAAUCAAGAAAAUAUCUCAUCAUCAUUUAACUUUUUUGCUGGGUUAUGUACAAAAAAAAAAAAUAUAAUAACAAUUCUUUUUGUCUCACUUUAGAAAUUACAAAUUGUAUGCAACCGAGCAAAAAAAGAUGUGCAAAAAAGUAUUAGAUUCAUGGGUUCAACCGAUAAUAAACUGGUGAAACAUGCAUGAUUUUAACAUUAAUAUUAUUGUAUGAAAUGCACGUUUCUUUGAAAUCCUAAGGGAAUACCAAAAUAAGUAUAGUGAAAUAUUACAAUUCCUAUAGUAGAGUUACAUGAGUGAUUUGGGUGCAAUUUUUCAUUCCUCCACUUAUGACAACUUGAUUAGAAUUUAGCCGUGUAUUUAGAACGCAUUAAAUUGAAUUUGUAGUAAAGAAAGAAGGGAUAUUUUCAUGAUUUCUUUAAUACGUAUUCAAUUUAAUGCGUUUUAAUUACACGCUUAAAAGGUUUAAACAAUAUUUUUUUUCUUAAAAAAGCGCCAUUGAGUUAAGUGCUACAAAAAUUAGUUCUAUCCUUUGAAAAAGUUGAAAAAUUUUUUUAAAUACUCAAACCCGUUUUCAACGAUCUCCGAAGUACGUAAUAAGACGAGUGAAGUUUUAGUAAUUCUAAAAAUAAUGUGGCAUUUUACGAAAUUAAAAGAAUAUUCAUUAUAAAUUUAUUUAAUAUUCUCUACAAAAAACACAUAAAAUGUAUACAUACUAAUGUCUGCAUCCCGUUAUUAUGCAUUUAUGAUUUCGUUAUGAAUAUAGCCGUAAGAUUUUACAUUUCUUAUUUUUUUUUUAAAUUUUUUUUUUUGAAAAUCGCUU